AAAAAAAGAACACACAUUUCGCAAAACCCCGCCCGCAUUCUUCCAAACGAUGGUCACAAUCAGAUAAGGAAAUCCACCAAACCAGCCACAAAGCGUAAGUUGUCCUCCCCUUCCCUCCCGCCUGAACCCUGCCGGCCGUUCCGAAGUUCACCGGAAAAUGGCCAAACUAAGGACAGCAAUGGAUGCCGGGUUUUGGGACCUUAACAUUUCCACCUCCCAGUCCUUUGACGGAGUGGCCCGUUCAAUUCCCGGCGAACCCAUUCCGUUAGAUGGCGCCAGAGCUAGCGGAGCCCUCAGAAUGCAACAGCUGUCUUUCCUGAAACAAGGGUUUCCGUUGGGGAUUCUACCCGUUUGGUCUCCGACGCCACAAAAGGAACUGGGCUCUUUCGCACUUCACUCCCUUUUGUUCAAAACUGUGUCCCCGGAUUGGUAAUUGAUUAUACUCUGUUUAUUUUUUAAGUCCUAAGUGUUUUUUUUUUUUGUGGUUAGGAAUUUAUUCUGUGGGAAGUUGCAAAUUUCGAUGUCAGAAAAUGUUGGCUUAUUUUUCACCCAAAAAAAGGAAAACGAGAAGUUGUUUGUCCACUCUCCUUGGUGGAUGACUGCGCAAUUCCUUGCAUUUGAUAAUAAUAAGCAUCGACUGCAACGAUUCGAGCUGAUUUUAUUCAUAGAAAGAGGAUCAACAGUGUUUCUUGUCCACUUUGGCUUAUCAAUUCAUACACCAUUGGUUGCGUUUUAGGAUUCUAUGUGUUUGUGAUGAUGAGUUGUUUUGUAUUCUACAUUUAUGUUGGGAUUGGGUUAAACAUGGUGUAGUAUUUGUGGAUAAUGAUGCAUACUUUUAACCACUUCAACGCCUUCUUUUGCACCCAUGUCAAUUCCCUCGGUACAUUUUGCUCAUCAAAUGCUUAAUAAUAAUCGUGCAAUCCAAUUCUGCCCAUCCUAUGCACUACACGCAUCCCACAUGACAAAUGAAGAGGGAGUUGACAGAGAGAAUGAACCUUAAUUUUUGGGAUGUUUCUGUAUGAAUCUCAGUGAAUGCCCUUUUGUUACUAGGGCUUAGAUAAGGUGCAAAGAUGUAAUUCCUACUAUAUGCACAUUUUAAAGAUUUAAUGGUAAAAUAUAUUGCGAGUUUUUAUCUUUAAUUACCAGAAGUAGACAUGUGAUUGGAUGUGUUGUUUGAAUUUUCGGUAUCUGAUCAGAAACUGACAGUGCCAAAUGUGGUUAUUUUGUUUGCAGAAAAUAGCAUUUGCUUUUUUCUUUUUUCAAACCCAAGAAAGUCUUUAUUUAUUUUCUAUUUGUGUUAUAUGUAUUAUUCUUUGAAUUAUGCAUGCUAUCAUGAACCACCUGGCAUUUAAGAGUUGAGAAAAAGCAAACAUAUUGAAAUAUAGAGAGGUAGGAAAAGGAUGAAAACAAGUUAAGCUUUAUCUCUUUCUGUAUAUCUUAUUAUGGGCGAAGCUGCUUUUAAAUUCCAGAAAAGUUCAAGAAAAUUACUACUGCAACUCUAGUAUACCAUGGCAUUAUUAUGAAGUUGACUUAACUGUCUUAUUCUAAAAAAAACUGAUGUGCUUUAGUAUUGAUUCUCAAAGUUUACCUCAUUUAUGGAUCUGUCUCUCAAAACAUAUAAACAGGUGGCUGGGGAUUAUCGGGCAAUUCCGUCCAAGAAAAUUGAUAUCUUCCAUCAAAGCAGAAUGUUAUGAUGGAGAUGAGUGGGAGAUACCUGCCUUCAAAGAUGUUGCUAGGCAUUUCUUAGACAAAUCACUUUUUUCGCUUGGUCUGUGUGCCCAGAUUGCAUUGACAUCCUCCUCUUUCCUUUUGCUGAGUACAGAGAAGCGCGGUGAAAGGAAAGGACGCCGAUCUAGGGCCAUCUUCUCUCAUCAGCUUCCUAAUCAUGAUAUUACCUUGGAGGCAGCAUGGCCUGAGUUGUUCAUAGACAAGAAUGGAAAGUACUGGGAUGUUCCGGAAUCCAUAUCCAUUGACUGUUUGUCCCUUGUUUCGGAAUCUGGAUUGCGCUACCGCUUUGGCAUACAUAGAAAUGGUGGCCUUCCCCAGCCUGUUGAUCCCUCUAUCUCUGCUGAGCCACCUCUUGCUCUAAAGCCAGGAUUUUGUGCAAAAGCUGCCAUGUCUUAUGAAAAGAGCAAAGACAUUUGGAGACAAGAAGAGAAAGAAGAGGAUGUCGUAAUCAAGACACCCAAGGGAAAAUACUUUCGGCCUGCCUAUGAUAUUCGUCUUAAAGAACCUCAUUCAGCAAUAUCAGGAAUAAUUGGUGCCACUUGUACAUCAUGGUUUGGUAACGGGAAGAGCACACCAGCCGGUGAAUCUGAGGAAGUCAGGGGCAAUACCACUCAUCUUGCUAGCUGUAGAAGUCCUUUGAGUCUUGAUUGUUUUGGGUCAUUCAACUAUACCUUCCAGCAUGGGAAGUUUAGAAACUCACUUGGGGACCUUACAAGAUUAGAUGCCCGAUUGGAUGUUACUUCAUUUAUGGCUUUAACUAGGCAGAUUUCUAAUGUCGUCAGGAAGAAUUCCAACCCCGGUGCAGAGAGUUCUGCAUCUUCUCCGAGAUUAAAUUUGAUACUACAGCAGCAGGUUUGGGGACCAAUUGUGUUUCGACUGGAUUCUCAGUAUUCGCUGGAUUCCUCAUCAACUGGCCAUCGCGGCCCACGUGUGGAAGAUGUAAUCUACAGCUUGAGCUAUUCGCUGAGGCUGUUGCAAUCUGGGAAAGUGGUAGCAUGGUAUUCUCCCAAGAGGAAAGAAGGAAUGAUAGAAUUGCGCAUGUUUGAGUUUUAGUUUACUGCUCAACUCUAGUUUGUUUUUGCCAUUGACUCUGAGUCAAAACCCAUGUUUUCCCUCCAUUUUCAGUCGAAAUAGGAAAUAUUAAUCCAUUUAUUUAGCUGUGGCUCUUUGACAUUCUUUCAAAGCAAACGAUAACAAAAGAGAUGAGGAAAAUUUUUGUUCGGGCAGUGGUUGGUGCAGCCGAUUGGUUUAUAUCUGUAAAUUGAUUCCUUCAUUCUCAGCUGACAUUAUAUCAGGAAUGAGAUAAGACUGUGAGCGCGUAAGUACUUUAACCCCAUUCAAAAAUAUCAAAUAUAUCCAUAAUCAUAAUUG